CUGGGAGGCAGCAGUCCACCCCUUCAACCUCGCUUACACUUCUUCAAUACUCCUCGCUGUGCCUCUGGCAUUUGGGGGAGCUCUUCAACCCCUUAACAGGAGCACGGCUGCUGACGCGCUGAGACCUCUGAGGAGGCGUGGCUCCGCACCGGAAGAACCUCCUGUUGCCCGGGGAACGCCAAGCACCAAGGCGCCUGACCCGCCACUGAUGCUUGGGCUGAGCCAGAGGCUACCCCUUCACCCAACUUGCGGAGGCUGCUUUGCUCAAGCCCAGGGAUCCUUCCUAUGGAGGCCUAGAGAGGAAGGCUGAGGGACGCCCGCACCAUAUCCCCAUUGCAGAGACGGAUACGAGCGAGUGCGUCCAUUCCUGUUCUUCAGCAGCUCCCGGGCCCGCAGGACUAACCUCAAAGACCAGCUGGUUUGUAAAUACUUGACUCACAUUAUGGGAUUGCUAGACAGACUUUCAGGCUUGCUUGGCCUGAGGAAGAAGGAGGUUCACGUUUUGUGCCUUGGGCUGGAUAAUAGUGGCAAAACAACAAUCAUUAAUAAACUUAAACCUUCAAACGCUCAAUCUCAAGAUAUAGUUCCAACGAUAGGAUUCAGCAUAGAGAAAUUCAAAUCAUCCAGUUUGUCUUUUACGGUGUUUGACAUGUCAGGUCAAGGAAGAUACAGAAAUCUCUGGGAACACUAUUAUAAAGAAGGACAAGCCAUUAUUUUUGUCAUUGAUAGUAGUGAUAGAUUAAGAAUGGUUGUGGCCAAAGAAGAACUUGAUACUCUUCUGAAUCAUCCAGAUAUUAAGCACCGCCGAAUACCAAUUUUAUUCUUUGCGAACAAAAUGGAUCUUAGAGAUGCAGUGACAUCUGUAAAAGUGUCUCAAUUGCUGUGUUUAGAGAACAUCAAAGAUAAACCAUGGCAUAUUUGUGCUAGUGAUGCCAUAAAAGGAGAAGGAUUGCAAGAAGGUGUAGACUGGCUUCAAGAUCAGAUCCAGGCUGUGAAGACAUGAAAAGAUAGUAUUUGGAAACCUCAACAAUUUUCAAUUCAAGGAAUAUAUAUUAAGGCAAACUGAAUACUUUAAAUUUUGUGAAAGUUGUUUUUACAUCUAAGAAUAUUUGAUAAUCUUCUGCUUGCAUUUAUGGACUCUGAAUGAGGUUUUUAAGAACAUAAGACUUCAGGUAUGCUAAUCUGGCCAUUAAUUAUAUGAAAACUAAAUGUUUCCUGAAGGGCUCCCUCCCCAGAAUUAUCAACUUCUUGAAAGGUCUACAUUUGAUUGUAAUUAGAAUGUGUAAAGUCAGAGUUAUCUCAGUAUCUCAUCUUGAUUUAUGAUAUCUUUAAUGCAUUUUAUUUUUUUAAUUGUCUUCUAAAAACUUAGCUUAUGAUAUGACUUUGCAGUAUGAUUAUGCUUGUGAAAAAGAACUUUUAAAUAUUUAUAAGGGACCAUGGGUAAUUAAUAUAUAUUAAAGUUUUGCUAUAUGUCACCAUCAAUAAAACAUAAAAUGUCAUACAAACUAGUGUGCUUUAUAUGCUGAAA